ACCUGCUCAUCGCGCGUUCUUGCCUAGUCGAUCGCUUAAGGCGCAUGCGCGGUCUGGGGCGAGUACCUUUAUAGCAGGGCAUCUUAGAUCGCACCUGCAUAUCAGUCUUUGCCUUUGGCUCAGACUUCAACUUGGAUAAGAUGCAGCUUAACGCGUCGACUUGCCGGGCUUCGGCCAUCAAGGCCGGUUCGCGCCGUGUGCAGGUCAAGGUCUCUGCUCGCUUCGCGAACUGGCGCGACCAGGUGGAGCGCAGCGCUCCCAGCACUAGCAGCUAUGGCAGCAGCAGCAAGUACUCCAGCAGCGGCGUGGAGUCCAAGAAGAUUCUCCUCAUGGGCGGCACCCGCUUCAUCGGCCUGUACCUGGCCCGCGACCUGAUUGCCCAGGGCCACGACGUGACUCUGUUCACCCGCGGCAAGAAGAAGGUGGCGUCUGAGAUCCCCGAUGACACGCCCAGCUCCUUCGCCGACUUCAGCCGCAAGGUCAAGCACAUCCAGGGAGACCGCAUGGACUUCCCCGAGGUGGAGCGCAAGCUGGCCCGCGAGGGCUUCCAGGUGGUGUACGACAUCAACGGCCGCGAGGCGGUGGAGGUGGAGCCCGUGCUCAAGGGCACCAAGUCCACUCUGGAGCAGUACAUCUACUGCUCGAGUGCGGGCGUGUACCUGAAGAACGACAUGAUGCCGCACCGCGAGGAGGACGCUGUGGACCCCAAGUCCCGCCACAAGGGCAAGCUGGACACCGAGGAGCUGCUGCGCAAGAGCGGCGUCAACUUCACCUCCAUCCGCCCCGUCUACAUCUACGGCCCGCUCAACUACAACCCGGUGGAGGAGUGGUUCUUCCACCGCCUCAAGGCCGGCCGGCCCAUCCCCGUGCCCGGCAGCGGCCAGCAGGUGACCCAGCUGGGCCACGUGAAGGACCUGUCCACCGCCUUCGUCAAGGUGCUGGGCAACAAGAAGGCCGCGCGCCAGGUGUACAACAUCAGCGGCGAGCGCUUCGUGACCUUUGACGGCAUUGCCAAGGCUUGCGCCAAGGCAAUGGGUGUUCCCGAGCCCGAGCUAAUCCACUACAACGCCAAGGAGUUUGACUUUGGCAAGGACAAGGCCUUCCCCAUGCGCGACCAGCACUUCUUUGCCAGCGUGGAUAAGGCCAUGGCUGACCUGGACUGGACCCCCGAGUUUGGUCUGGUGGACGGCCUGAAGGACAGCUACAAGAAGGACUUCGGCCGUGGCACCUUCCGCAAGGAGCCCAACUUCAAGUGCGACGACAUGAUCAUCGAGGCCAAGAAGGGCAGCUCCUUCUCCGCGCCCAAGGCCGCCGCCGCCGCCCCCAGCCGCGCCAGCUGGCGCUAAGCAGCCGGCAGCAGCAGCGCCUAGCAGGCAGCUGCAUGACAGCAGUUGACGUGUGUCGCGAGAAAGCAUGGACUGAGCAGUUAUGCAGGGGCGUCGCACUGCUCGCGGGGUGAGGAGCAGCAGCGGCGCAGGGGCGGCACCCGGGGGGUGGCGUGAUGCGGGCGGGUUUCUAAGCGCUGUCCGUUGCGGGGUGAGGCACUUGGGCAUUAGGUGCGUCGUCGGCGAAGGGAGGUGGAAUUAGAUUCGGGUCGUGAAUGUGUGAGGGUGAGUAGAGAUGCACUGAGCGGCUGGAGGGAGAGAUGCAACUGGGACACAACCGUGUCCUGGAGGCUGAAGUCUCAAACGAAGGUCUGGGCGUGCAUACGGCCGUCAAAGCGUGUACUGUGACUCUUGUGGCCCUGAAUAGUAGACCGUGUUACUCGCAACCUCGCAUCGGAUGAAAUGGAAGGUCAACAAGCAAAGCGCGCGAUGCGGAGGGGUGGUGUUUGUGGAGGGCGGUCGUCGUGUGCGAAGCCGGAUGCGGUGUCGCCAUUUUUGGGUUCCUGGCUUUUCCACGCGGACGUGCUUUGCUUGCCGACCUGCCUAGGCUGUCACUGUGAAGGGUCAGGUGACGGGGCGCUGUCUUGCUGUGAGCCAUCCCUGCAUGUGUCGACUGUCGAGUGUCGAACACUGCUAAACGCCCGGCGCCUCCAGGGGAAUCUGUUUGCCCUGCAGCCACGAGGUCGGGACGGGCUCAGGCGCUCAGCAAUGCCAGCAGAUGAGCGACUGGCUGAUCCCUUUAACUGACAUGCUUCA